CUUCUCCCCUUCGCCUGAAAAUAUAAGCCAACAAAAACAAUCACGAAAUCAAAUAAUCAAGGCAUUGUCACAACAAACUGAAAAAGGGUCCUUUUGUUUUGAGCAGAAAGUUUAAGUUUUAUUCAUUCUUUACGUAGAUUUUUCCAUGGCAGCAGUUAAAGGAUGCCAAUUUUCUGCUUCUUUAUCAGGGAGCUGUUAUGUAAUGCGCCCUCGUCUUCAUCGAUUUUCAGUAAAGGUCCCAUUUUUUGAUGGCCCAUUAAGGUCUAGAUUGGUUUCUCUUUGUUGUCACAAUCCCAACCCGGAUUCUUUUAUUGUGGAUCAAACUGUACCCUUGUCAAAGAACCCGACCCAUUUGCCGGAUGAUUGUCCACAGGCCUCUGCUUCUUCUCCUUCCUCUGCCAUUGAUUUUCUCACCUUGUGCCACCGUCUUAAGACCACGAAGAGGAAGGGAUGGAUUAACCAUGGCAUAAAGGGUCCUGAGUCCAUUGCAGAUCAUAUGUACCGAAUGGCCUUGAUGGCUUUGAUAGCCGGUGACCUUCCUGGUGUCAACAGAGAAAGGUGCAUCAAGAUAGCGAUUGUUCAUGAUAUUGCUGAAGCUAUUGUUGGAGACAUAACUCCAUCUGAUGGUGUGCCAAAGGCAGAAAAAAGCAGACUGGAGCAGGCUGCUUUGAAUGAAAUGUGUGAGAUUCUUGGUGGAGGAAUUAGGGCUGAAGAGCUUAAAGAACUCUGGGAAGAAUAUGAAAACAACUCUUCCUUAGAAGCCAAUCUUGUUAAAGAUUUUGACAAAGUUGAAAUGAUUCUGCAGGCACUGGAGUAUGAAACAGAGCAUGGGAAGGUCUUGGAUGAGUUCUACCUGUCAACUGCUGGGAAAAUCCAGACUGAAAUAGGAAAGAGUUGGGCAGCAGAGAUCCAUGCCAGGAGGAGUUCAAGAUUGAAGAACAAGCUCAAUUGACAAUCUUGUUCAUAGGCUUUUUUGUUUCACUUUUGGCCUUGCCUUUGCCUACUUUUUGGCUCGAGGUCGCCUCAACUGCUCUAACUGUUAAUACUCCAACAAGGGAUGACUAAAUUGUAGUUAGAUAUUGAGGUUUAACCACAGAUAGAGGUGGCAUGAUGCCCUUGAUUGCCCACUGAGUCACCAGGGCUCUUUUUUUUAUCAUAGUAAGACCACCUUGUAGCAUGGUCUACCAAGAGUAGCUAGCUUCUUAUCAGCCAAUUUUCCUCUCAGAUGGAGAAUGUGGUCUGAUGUAUUACUGAAACAUACCAUUACCAGAGCCUGCAUUAUUUUCUGACUCGUAAA